AUGGCAAAGUCAACAUCAGAUAUCUUCAUGAGCAUAAAACCCGAGCACAUGCAAAACAUAGCCUCAGGGUCCAAAAACCACGAAUACCGCAGCUAUCUUCUCCCGCCAAGCAUCCAGCACAUCUGGUUCUACACCACCAGCCCUAUCAAACGAAUCGAAUACGUUGCCCGUAUCUCUCCGGGUAAAAUCCCCGGAGAAGUUCCUGACAACGGAGGUAUCGGCAAUGCGGAGUUCAAUGCCGGGUUGAAAGAUUCCAAGUACGGAUAUGAGAUUCUCACGCUGUGGAGGUUGAAGAUGCCCGUUAGCUUGGAGAAGGCCCUUGGUGAGGGGUUCUUGAAGGGUGCACCGCAGAAGUAUUGUUGGGUUUCUUUGUGUUUCUUGGAGAGGUUUCUGUUGGAUGAGCAGGAUUUAUUGUUUUCAAGGACGGUGGAUGGUGUGCAGUUUAGGGAGGAUGAAGUUCAGUAG